GCUCGGUGUCACAUGUGACAGAAAAAGCAUGUUGAAGUUCUCAAUGUGCGUAGAAGUGUUAAUGUAAAGGAUUGAAAGAACAAAAUAAAUAACAUCGACCACGUACUUCAGGCCUGCUAUGGGGUUGACUAAGCAGUACCUGCGCUAUGUGGCGAGCGCUGUGUUCGGAGUGAUCGGCAGUCAGAAGUCCAACAUCGCUUUUGUUACCCUUAGGAGUGGUGAGAAGGGUCGAUACGUUGCUGUUGGUGCCUGCGAGCAUGUGUUUAUAUGGGAUGUGCGCAAAGCUGAGAAGGUUCUUAUUCUUGAAGGUAAAAAGCAUGAGGUGACAUACCUGUGCCCGUCUCCUGAUGGUGUACACAUAGCAGUGGGGUAUGAAGAUGGAGGCGUGCGGAUCUUUAGUCUGCUUAAUGGGGAAAGCAACAUCUCCUUUAAUGGACACAAAUCAGCUGUUUCCGUCAUUAAAUAUGAUGCGCUGGGCGCUCGACUUGUCACUGGCUCGAGGGAUACAGAUGUGAUUGUGUGGGAUAUCAUCAAUGAAUCCGGUUUGUAUAGACUCAAAGGGCACAAAGAUGCCAUCACGCAAGUUUUGUUCUUGGAGAACAAAAAUCUUUUGAUUACAAGCUCCAAGGACACUUUUGUAAAGUGGUGGGACUUGGGCACACAACACUGUUUUAAGACCAUGGUGGGACAUCGCAGUGAGGUUUGGGGAAUGGUUGUUCUGAACCAAGAGAACAGGUUGCUCACAGGGUCUGCUGACAGUGAGCUCAGAGCAUGGGAUAUUGAGUACAUCGAAGAGGGCAAGUUGGCUGGGGAACCCCAUGAAAAGAAAGUCAAAAGUCUUCUUGAAGAUGAUGAAGAGGAAGAAGAAGGUCCUGAUGAAGAUUCAGAAGAGCGGAUAGUCAGCUGUAAGAAAGCUGGUUCUGUUCUCAGGGAAUCCAGAGACAGGAUUGUUUCCUUGGUUACAGAUGCCAAAGCUCAAGUGCUGGCGUGCCAUGGCCUAGAAGCUACACUUGAAGUCUUUACUGUGUUCUCCGAAGAGGAGAUCCAGAAAAAGAUAGACAAAAAACUAAAGAAAGCCAAGAAGAAAGCCAGGUCUCAGGAAGGAGGAGAGGAUGUACCUGAGCCGGUAGUGGAGCGAAAGCUGACCGAUGAGAUCCAGAAACUGGCAAACAUAAGAGCUUCCUCCAAAAUCAGGUCAAUGGAUUGCCUUCUUUCUCCUAAUGGAGAGAUGAAGAUUGCUCUCUUACUGCAGAAUAACACAGUUGAGACCUUCACUAUCAAGACCACAGAGAAGAAUCCAACCGGCACUAAGACCUCUCGGCUCACGCUGAGCGGUCAUCGCACAGAUGUUAGAACGCUGGCUUUUAGCUCGGAUAACAUAGCUAUCCUUUCUGCCUCUGGAGAAACUGUUAAAGUGUGGAACAGGUCCACCUUGCAGGUCAUCCGUACCAUGGGAUGUGAAUAUGCUCUCUGCUCAUUAUUUGUUCCUGGAGACAGACAGAUCAUCUUAGGAACAAAGAGUGGCAAGAUUCAGAUCUUUGACCUGGCCUCAGGCAGCCUUCUCGAGACAACUGAUGCCCAUGAAGGAGCUCUCUGGUCCAUGUGUCUGUCUCCAGAUCAGCGGGGGAUUGUAACCGGGGGUGCUGACAAGACCGUGAAAUUCUGGGACUUUGAGCUGAUAAAGAAUCAAGAUUCUGGGAAGAACAAGAGAUUGACGGUGAACCACAUGCGUACCCUGCAGUUAGAUGAGGAUGUGCUGUGUGUGCGCUAUAGCCCGGACCAGAGACUGCUGGCUGUGUCUCUACUUGACUGUACGGUCAAAAUAUUUUACACGGAUACUCUAAAGUUUUUCCUUUCACUAUAUGGCCACAAACUGCCCGUUCUGUGCCUGGACAUUUCACAUGACAGCACUUUAAUAGCCACAGGCUCAGCAGACAGAAACGUGAAGAUCUGGGGUUUGGAUUUCGGAGACUGUCAUCGCUCUAUGUUUGCACAUGACGACAGUGUCAUGUUUCUUCAGUUUGUACCCAAAACCCAUCUGUUCUUCACUGCGGGGAAGGACAGAAAGAUCAAGCAGUGGGACGCCGACAAAUUUGAGCACAUCCAGACGUUGGAGGGUCAUCAUCGUGAGGUAUGGUGCCUGGCCAUCAGCCCCAGUGGAGACUACGUUGUCACCUCAUCUCAUGAUAAGUCCCUCAGACUGUGGGACAGAACGAGGGAGCCCAUCAUUCUGGAGGAAGAGAGGGAGAUGGAGAGAGAAGCUGAAUUUGACGAGUCCCUGGCCAAAGGUGAUGAACCUGUGGUCCCUGGCGAGACUAAAGGAGAGGCAGAGCAUGCUGGGAAGAAGAGCGUUGAGACAGUCAAAGCUGCGGAGCGGAUAAUGGAGUCUAUAGAGCUUUAUAGAGAGGAAAGUAAACGACUGGAGGAGCACAGACACACUUGUGAGGCUGCAGGGAAGAAGUUACCACCUCCAAAGAUCAACCCCAUACUGAUGGCUUUUGGAAAUAUCUCGCCUUCUCGAUAUGUUCUGGAAGUGAUAAAGAAGGUCCGGUCCAGUGAGCUGGAAGUGUCUCUGCUGGUGCUGCCGUUUCAUUAUGUUCCAGAUCUGUUGCAGCUCUUCAAUAGCUACGUGCAGCAGGGUCUGGAGGUGGAGCUGGUGUGCCGCUGUCUUUUCUUUCUACUCAGAGUGCACUUUGGUCAGAUCACCAGUAAUCAGAUGCUGCUGACUGUCAUUGAUGAGUUAAGAACCAACACAAUCUCCAAAGUGCGAGAGAUCAAGGACGUUCUGGGCUUUAACAGCGCCGGCCUUCAGUUCCUACAGCGGGAGAUCCAGAGCAAAGAGGACGUGAUGUUCUUUGCUGAUGCCACAGGCCAUUUCGAGGAGAAGAAAAGGAAGAGAAAGAAACGCGAAAGAGCUGUUCUAACCCUUACAUAAAACCUGCAGGUCACAAUGACAUAAUGACAUAAAGGUUUUAAAAGUUUGUUUGUAAUUUGUACCUGUGUGAAGUCCAUAAAGGCAAAUUUCCUAGAAUUUAAAGACUGAGAAUGUUGUUUUUUAUAACAUUGAAAUAUGAUCAAACUAAUCUUUUGUGGAUUUACCUGCGUCACCCCUUGUUAAUGCCCAAUAUCGCUAGUCAUGCUUUUGAUAAAAAUAUAUUUCAUGAAGACAUCAUUUUCACUGGCAUUCAUCCUACCUAUCAUUGUCAACCUGUAAAAACACAAGACUUUUCUGUAGUGAUAAAAUAAUUCAAUUCGCUCAAUCUUUCUGUACGGCAGUGACCAUGUUGACCUCCGAGCAGCAGUGGGAGAUUCACAUAGACUUUAUUGAGCUCAUAACCUGCUUAAAUUUAGAGUUACAAGCCCAUGCAUAUGUGGAAUUCGUAAUUCACAAUGAUGCGGCUUAAUUCAAACACAUACUGUAUUUCACUGCUUUCACUGACACAGAGACUUAGCAGAGAUUCACACUUGCCUCUCGCACUUUAUUGUCCUGCUGCGCGUUAACAUCCCCAUCAUCAGUGUUAUGAAAAUAAUGAAACAGAUCUCUUUUAUUCAGAUCUGAGCCCAGCAGCAAUGAAAAAAGCAAAUGAAGUGUGUAUUUAUGAAGUCGUAAAAAGCCUUGCAGCAUUUUAUGAGCCCGGUCCGGCUCUCAAAACUAUAAAUGUCACACCUACCAAUAUUAAAAAUUCCUCCGAAAAAGGUCACAAGAGAACACGUUCUGCGUUAAUCCCCCUCUAACAGGACGUGCUAAUAAUACACAGGCAUGUUUUAUAGAGCAUGUGCAUUUCAAAUGAAUCAUGUAGCUACCUUCACUGUAAACUGUACACCAUUUUGUUUGAAUGGUGUGAUAAAAUGUACUUGAAUUCUUUGAAAUAUAGAUAUUUAUGGUUAACCUCUUAACCUCUCGUUUAAUUGUAGGCAGAACAAUCCUGGUCUGAAUCAAUUUUGUAAACUAUGUCCAGAAAUAAUUUUGUUUAAUAUUGAGCCUGAUAUUUUUCAUGGCAAUAAAGAGUCCUCAUAA